AUGCAAGGUCAUCGUUCUCUCCCUCCAAUCACAUCUCUCUUCCCAGGUAUCCAGGACACCCCUCUCCUCAUCAACAUUAUUGCUGCCCCACAGCCAAUAGUUGUUGCCAAAAAGACAUCCUUAAAAUCAAAAUUCACAGCUGAAGAAGACAAGAAGCUUAUGGAGCUUGUUUCCAAGACCAAGUCCAAGAAUUGGAAUGAAAUCGCAGCUUCUCUUGGUUCAAGAAAUGCCCGCCAAUGCCGCGAAAGAUGGAACAACUACUUAAACCCAUCUCUUAGGAACGACCCAUGGACAGAAGAGGAAGACAAGCUUCUUCUUGACAAGCACGCUGAAUUCGGUACACAUUGGAACAAAAUUUCCAAGUGCUUCUCAAACAGAUCCGACAAUGCUGUACGUAAUAGAUGGCAAUUACUUAUGAGACAUCUCGAAAAGAAUGGUCAUAUCUCAUCAUCUUCAUCCACUCCAUCCCAGAUGUCCGACAAUUAG